CAGCCCGCUCCGACCUGGAUGCUCCGGCGAGGCAACUUCUUGUUCUUCUUCUUUUUCAAUUUCCGAUACUCUCUUGUGUGUCGAAACAAAAAUGAAGCUAAGGAUCUUCUCUUUCGGUUUACGUUCGAUCAAUUAACCUAACAGCAUCUCAAAACCAAUCAAUUCGCCAUGUCCCUCUCUUCACGCUCCGCAAAGCUCACCAUUCUAGCUCUUCUCUCCGCCUCUACUUUGUAUUGUUUCUACAAGUCCCGCCGUCUCAGAAAGCUUAAACUCUCAUUAAACCCUACUCUUCCUUCUCGCAAACCGAAACUGUUUUUCAUUUCUCAAACUGGUACCUCCAAGGCCCUAGCUCAUCGUCUGCUCAACGUUUUGAAUUCCAAUGGGUUGGUUUUCGAUCUUGUUGAUCCCAAGGAUUACGAGCCUGAGGAUCUUUUUAAGGAAACUUUAGUUUUGUUUGUUGCUUCCACUUGGGAAGACGGAGGACCGCCUCCUCAUGCUAAAUUUCUCGCUAACUGGCUAUCUGAAAGCGCGGAGGAUUUUAGAGUUGGUUCGUUGUUGCUUUCUCAGUGUAAGUUUUCUGUGUUUGGGGUUGGUAGUCGAGUUUAUGGAGAGACAUUCAAUGCGGUUGCAAGGGAUUUUUCCAAGCGGUUGAAGGCAUUGGGUGCGAAGGAGAUUUUACCGAUUGGUGAAGGAGACGUGGAUGGAGGUGAUAUAGAUAAGUGUUUUGAUGAUUGGAGUAGGAAAUUGCUGAAGGUUAUGAAGUUUGAUGCCGAGGGAAAUGGGGUGGAGUUAUGUUCUGGGAUAGCUGGGGACAGUGAUGCUGUAAGUGUUGAGGAGGAUGAAGAAGAAGAUGACGACCUUGGGGAGGAGGAUAUCGUUGAUCUUGAGGAUAUUGCCGGUAAGGGCCCUUCGAGAAAGUCUACGAAUAUAGUUGAAACUAAUGGGAAAUUGAAUGGGAAAAAGGUUAUGGUGACCCCGGUGAUUAGAGCGAGCUUGGAAAAGCAGGGAUAUAAAAUUAUUGGCUCACAUAGCGGAGUAAAAAUAUGUAGAUGGACGAAGUCUCAGCUUCGAGGACGAGGAGGUUGCUAUAAACAUUCAUUUUAUGGCAUAGAAAGUCAUCGAUGCAUGGAGGCAACUCCCAGUUUGGCUUGUGCCAAUAAAUGUGUUUUCUGCUGGAGGCAUCACACAAAUCCAGUAGGAAAGAGCUGGCAGUGGGAGAUGGAUGAUCCAUUGGAAAUUGUGAAUUCUGCAAUAGAUUUACACACAAAGAUGAUCAAGCAAAUGAAAGGUGUUCCGGGUGUUACGCAGGAGAAAUUGGAGGAAGGCCUGUCUCCAAGACAUUGUGCCUUAUCUCUUGUUGGUGAACCUAUUAUGUACCCAGAGAUUAAUACACUUGUUGAUGAAUUGCAUCGAAGGCGGAUUUCAACUUUCUUGGUGACAAAUGCUCAGUUUCCUGAUAAAAUAAAAUUGCUGAAGCCGGUCACCCAGUUGUAUGUAAGUGUAGAUGCUGCGACGAAGGAGAGCUUGAAGGCAAUUGAUAGACCACUUUUUGGGGAUUUCUGGGAGCGAUUCAUUGAUUCUUUGAAAGCUCUAAAUGAAAAGCAACAGCGAACAGUUUAUCGAUUGACGUUGGUGAAGGGGUGGAACACAGAAGAUAUCGAUGCAUAUUCGAAUCUCUUUAGCAUUGGUAGACCUGAUUUUGUAGAAAUCAAGGGCGUCACAUAUUGUGGAUCAUCUACUACAUCAAAGCUGACAAUGGAGAAUGUUCCUUGGCAUUCUGAUGUGAAGUCUUUUUCGGAGGCUUUAGCUGCAAAAAGUCAAGGGGAGUAUGAAGUUGCUUGUGAGCAUGUGCACUCGUGUUGCGUUCUUUUAGCUAAAACUGACAAGUUUAGGGUCGAUGGCCAGUGGUUCACUUGGAUAGAUUACGAUAAAUUCCAUGACCUGGUGGCCUCUGGAAAACCUUUUGAUAGCAAGGACUACAUGGCUCCAACACCAUCAUGGGCUGUAUAUGGCUCUGACGAAGGUGGAUUUGAUCCUGAUCAAUCUCGAUACAGGAAGGAGCGACAUCAUAAACCAAAACCCACAUCCUGACAGCUUUGAAUGUCCGGGUCAGUUUUGUUUAAUGGGUUAAUCAAUUUUCAUUGAGGACUUCUAUGGUUUAUAUUGUUCUAAUGUGAAACAGCCUAGCUUGGCAUUAUUUAUUUUUAAAAGGUGUCUUGCGUUGCAUUUCAGCACAUAUACAUGUUUAAACUUGUUCUACUUUCCUAGUCAUAGAAAAUAUAGAGCUUGCUUGGUAAUGCAAUUUGGAGCUUUUCUUUCUUAAUUUUGGGUGGAAAAUUUAUAGGUUAAAAACACCUUGUUUCCUAAACGUUGAUUAAAUAAUAUUUUAGUCACUCUAUUUUUAAAUGUGUAACAAUUUAUUAUUGUAUCUUGAAAUGUGUCACAAUUUUAUCCCCAUCUUAAAAAUUUCCAUUAAAAUUAUGUUUUAAUUUUACAGUGACUUAAUCAUUGUUUUUUUCUAUAAAGUCCCGUAUCAAUUUACAUAUGUAAGAAAUCUUUGAGUCUUAACAAUUUUUUUCAUGGACCAGAUUGUAAUAACUUUUAAAAUAUAGGACUAAGUUAUGUAGUAAAAUUCAUAGGCUAAUUUGUUACACCAGUAAAACUGUGGGGACUAAAUCAUUAGAGACUAAAGUUCAUGUACUGCAUUGUUAUUUCCAUGGCUAAAAGUGUUGUUUAACCAAUUUAUCUUUAAACUUAAUUUCCUUGUUGUUUUCGAGAGAAAUGUUAUUGGUUAAGAAAGAAUGCAAAGUUAGCUGAUAACUAAGACAACGUCUUCACUUACCCUUUCUCUUGUUUUCUUUAACAUAAUUUUAGUUUGGUUUUAUGCUUAGUUAUGAUAUUUUUCAUAAGUGGAAACGUUCAUAGGCCCCAUCCUAAUCAUUCUCCUCAGGCAUUAAGAGACCCAUAGAGGUGCUUGAAUUUUCCUAACACUAACUGCUAACGUUCAGCGUUCUUCCAUAGUCAUGUCACCAUCCUUUUAAGGUUGGUUUACGUUUACCUUCUUAGAGUUAGCAGCGGACGAAUAACAUUAUUUAAACCUCAGAAAGCGGGAAGGGGCACCAUGGCUGUACAUGUCCCAUCAUUAGAUAUAAUCCAUGAGGAUAGGAAUGGAUCCUGGCAUGUUGCCAUCUACCUAUCUUCAUUUUAAAAAAGUAGUUGUACCUACAAUAUUUACUGGAUCCAACCUUUAAAAUCAAAGAAUAAGUCCAAUCAAAUCAAGAUCUGUUUUACCUUCAGUAAGACUAAGUCCAGAUAAAUCUAGAUCUUAGUAGUACUGUAGUAGUAAUAGUUCUUUAAGUUUUGAUGAUAUACAACUGGUCUGGUGUAUAUUUUCCCUGUUAUAAAUGUUGAAGCAGAUACCUCUUAUUGAAUUGUACCGAAGCAAAGCUUGUCAUUGCCAACUCCAUUGGAUCAGUUCAAGUGCAACCCGUGGAGAAUAAACUACUUUAUUUGGUUGCGAGUGGCGAGGGAGUAAAGAGUCUUCUGGGGCUGCCGGUGAAUAACCCACGGUAAAAGAUGGAGAGACAAGAUCCUCAUCUGCUGGUCAUUUGUCCCCAGGUAAAUUUCUUUGGUGAUAUGUGAAAUUGACCUUAGAACAUAGUUUCUUCUAUUAUUUGGUCGUUUGAUUUAGGGAGGUCUACAUACCAUGAACCAAAGAACAAAGGAUGACAGUUGAUUUAGAUACAUUUAAAGGCUUAGGAAUUCGGAAUUAGUGUGUUGAUUCGCAGGAUUUAUCCCCUAAAUUCUGGAUUUCAAUUCUAAA